AGCACCACAAGAUGUCGACAUCUCAAAGCGUCCAGACUUUCGGCAAGAAAAAAACCGCCACCGCCGUAGCAUUCUGCAAGGACGGCAAAGGCUUAAUCCGAAUCAAUGGAGUUCCCAUCUCUCUCGUCCAACCUGAGAUUCUACGUUACAAGGUCUAUGAACCUAUUUUGAUCGCUGGUGCCGAUGCCUUCUCCAAGCUUGAUAUCCGGGUCCGAGUAAGCGGUGGUGGUCACACUUCACAAGUCUAUGCUAUUCGACAGGCUCUUGCAAAAGCUGUUGUUGCAUUUUACGCCAAAUAUUACGAUGCCGCAUCUGCUUUAGAACUUCGAAAGGUACUCAUCCAGUAUGACCGGACCCUCUUAGUUGCUGACCCCCGGAGGAUGGAACCGAAGAAAUUCGGUGGAAAAGGUGCCAGAUCACGCUUCCAAAAAUCUUACCGUUGAUCAUUUUCUAUCCCUCUGGUGGUGUCUGGGCUAUCUGGUCAUCUCCAACUAUGCAAUACAUGGGGUUAUGAAGUUCAUG